AUGGCCUUGAAGACGUUUGCGGAGAUGGGGGCCAUACAACGGAGCAACCCCGAGGCCGGCAUCACAUUCAUGCCGGGUAUUGAGUACCUCGAAGCCCCGAGUGCUGUAUACAAGGCUUUGACGGAGGCAAAGGCGAAAGAGAUGGGCAUGGUUGGGUUUCGUCUAUUGAAACCUAAGGAGCUUCCCGACUCGAAGGUCAAACUUGGGUUCACGUACGACAGCUGGUGCGUCAAUCCAAUGAUGUAUUGCAGUUUUCUGAUGAGAAGAUUUGGCUUUCGGGGCGGCAAAGUACUGAAGGUGGAAGUUCGGGACCCUUCAGAGGUCUUUGAAAUCAAGGAACUUGGCAAUGUCGACGUAGUGGUCAACUGCUCAGGGGUUGGUUUCAACGACGACAAGGUCUUCAUCACUAGAGGCCAGACUUGCCUUGUUGCAAAUACAUGCGAUGCCACAGUAACACGCCAGAACGCCGAUGGAUCGUGGGCCUUCUGCGUGCCUCGAAACUUUGAGGGCGGGACGAUCAUCGGGGGGACGAAAGAGCCCAAUGAUUGGAAUCCAGCCCCAUCAGAGCAAGUACGUCGGUCGCUUCUCGACAAAUUCGCGGCAUCAUAUCCGUCCAUUCUCGGCAGCGAGGGCAAGUUCGUCGUCCUGAAAGAUAUUGUGGGGAGAAGACCUACACGGAAGGGAGGCAUGAGACUAGAGAAAGAGCAAGUCGUGGGGGGCAAGUGUGUCAUUCACGCCUAUGGUCUAGGCGGAAGGGGAUACGAGCUAAGUUGGGGCGUUGCUGAAGGAGUUGCGACCUUGCUUGCAGAGCAUCUCGCACCAGGACACGGGAGAAUCGCCUCCUCAAAGCUAUAG